AGACCCAGGCGCUAAAGGCUGAGGCUAUGAUGGCGGCCCCAGUGGUAUCUCAGAUGCGGACAGGGACACGGUUCGUCCCAGUCCUAUGGCUGCAUCUGUCGUUGGCGGCAGUGGCAGCGGCAAUGGCCGCGGAGCAGCAGGUGCCCCUGGUACUGUGGUCGAGUGACCGGGAUCUGUGGGCUCCUAUGGCCGACAGACAUGAGGGCCAUAUUACCAGCGAUAUGCAGCUUUCUACUUACUUAGACCCAGCCCUGGAGCUGGGCCCUCGCAAUAUACUGUUGUUCCUGCAGGACAAGCUAAGCAUUGAGGAUUUCACAGCAUACGGUGGUGUGUUUGGAAAUAAGCAGGAUAGUGCCUUUUCUAACCUGGAGAAUGCCCUGGAUAUGGCCCCCUCCUCACUGGUGCUUCCUGCUGUGGACUGGUAUGCAGUCAGCACUCUGACCACCUACCUGCAGGAGAAGCUUGGGGCUAGUCCCCUGCAUGUGGAUCUAGCUACUCUAAAGGAGCUGAAGCUCAAUGCCAGCCUCCCUGCCCUGCUGCUCAUCCAUCUGCCCUACACAGCCAGCUCCGGUCUGAUGGCUCCAAGGGAGGUCCUCACAGGCAACGAUGAAGUCAUUGGACAGGUACUGAGCACACUGAAGUCUGAAGAUGUUCCUUACACCGCAGCUCUUACUGCAGUCCGCCCUUCUAGAGUAGCCCGUGAUGUACCCGUGGUGGCUGGGGGUCUAGGUCGCCAGCUGCUUCAGACUCAGGUGGCUUCACAUGUGAUCCAUCCUCCUGUGAGUUACAAUGACACUGCUCCAAGGAUCCUGUUCUGGGCACAAAACUUCUCUGUGGCAUACAAAGACGAGUGGAAAGACUUGACUUCCCUCACCUUUGGUGUGGAGAAUCUUAACUUGACUGGCUCCUUCUGGAACGACUCCUUUGCCAUGCUUUCACUGACCUAUGAACCACUCUUUGGUGCAACAGUGACAUUCAGGUUCAUUCUGGCUAGUCGCUUCUACCCAGUGUCUGCCCGAUACUGGUUUACUAUGGAACGACUUGAAAUCCACAGAAAUGGCUCUGUUGCCCAUUUCAAUGUUUCCCAAGUCACAGGACCCAGCAUCUAUUCUUUCCACUGUGAGUAUGUCAGCAGUCUGAGCAAGAAAGGCAGUCUCCUUGUGACCAACGAGCCCUCACUCUGGCAGAUGACUCUUCAUGACUUUCAGAUCCAGGCCUUCAACGUGACGGGUGAGCAGUUCUCCUAUGCUAGCGACUGUGCUGGCUUCUUCUCCCCAGGCAUCUGGAUGGGGCUGCUCACCACCCUCUUCAUGCUUUUCAUCUUUACCUACGGCCUGCACAUGAUACUCAGCCUCAAGACCAUGGAUCGUUUUGAUGACCACAAGGGCCCCACCAUCACUUUGACACAGAUUGUGUGACCUGUGCCAGAGAGGGAUUGAGGGAGUAUUGGUGUAUAGGUUGUCAUGUUUCCACCUUCUGGCAUAAUGGAUAGAAGGGUUUGUCCUCUUCCUGUUAAUAGCAUGAACCCUACACUACCCUCAGCCUGUCUUGCUUCUUCUCAACCUGCUGAGGGACUGACUUCCUUGGGGGCUAUCCCCCACUUCUACCAACAAAGUGUAUAUAUUAUUCAUAGAUAUUAGACAAAUCUUCCAGGCUCCAUCAUCAUGAGGGGAAGGAACAUUAAUUUUAUGGUUCCCUUUCCCCCUUAAUUUAUUCUUGCCCCUCCACUACUAUCCCUUGUUGUUUAUAGUACUUCUGUGUAGUUAAUGCUCACUCCCCAAGCUUUAUGAAGCUACCAGCAACAGCAAUGAACUUGAGGUUCCUUGAGUUUGAGAAGUAUGGAAAGUCUACUCAACUGACCAGUGUGGCUGUUGUGUUUUAUGGGUGAUGUGUUAAGAAUGAUCUAUACACUAGGGUUUAUUUCUGUAGCCUGAGAAGGAAGAGACCUCCAUGAGGCUUGUUCCCACUAGGAUUGCCUGUCAAGAGGCGUGGGUGGGGGGGUGCUCCUUUGUUUCCCUUCCUAAUAAAAUAAAGACGUGUUGCCAUGU